CGUUCUCUUGCAGGCCUCUGCACCAGCAGAGACCGAGGCCCCGAGGAGGUGCCAGGGGCGCGGGGCGCGGCGCUGAGACGCUCCCCCCAGGCUUCGUCCUCCUCCCCUCCCCGCCGCGGGCCCCCGCGCUCCGCCAAGGUUGGCCCCAGGGCGCCGAGAGGCGUGGUUGGCCCCGGCGGACCCUGGAGGCAGCCAUGGCCUCGGUGGUGGAAUACAAGGGGCUCAAGGCUGGCUACCGCUGCGGCUACUGCGACUCCGAGGAGGGCAAGGUGUCCUGCGGCAUGUGGGCACAUUCAAUGACAGUACAGGAUUAUCAGGAUCUUAUAGAUCGAGGAUGGCGAAGAAGCGGGAAAUAUGUGUAUAAGCCUGUCAUGAAUCAAACAUGUUGUCCUCAGUACACGAUAAGGUGCCGACCUUUACAGUUUCAGCCAUCAAAAUCUCACAAGAAGGUUUUGAAAAAAAUGUUGAAAUUUCUGGCUAAAGGAGAAAUUUCCAAAGGAAAUUGUGAGGAUGAGCCCAUGGAGCCCUCCAUGGAGGAGACUGUUGCGGGUGACUUUGCGUUAAUAAAUAAAUUGGAUAUACAGUGUGACCUUAAAACACUCAGUGAUGACCUCAAAGAGAGCUUUGAGAGUGAAGAAAAGAAGAAAGGAAAAAGCCCAAAGAAAGAAGAAUCUAAGGAAUUAAUUCAGUCACAACAUAUAGAGGAGAAGUUGGGCUCUGGUGAGCCAUCCCAUCCAAUUAAAAUGCACAUGGUUCCUAAGCCAGGCAAAGGGGCAGAUUUGAGUAAGCCUCCAUGUCGGAAAGCAAAGGAAAUCCGGAAAGAAAGGAAAAGGUUAAAACUCAUGCAGCAGAACCCAGCUGGAGAACUUGAGGGUUUCCAGGCUCAAGGUGAACCACCAUCUUUGUUCCCACCAAAGGCUAAUAAAUCCAACCAGCCCAAAUCACUUGAAGAUUUAAUUUUUGAAUCUUUACCAGAGAACGCAUCACACAAGUUAGAGGUGAGGGUGGUGAGAUCAUCUCCACCAAGUUCUCAGUUCAAAGCCACAUUUCAGGAGUCUUACCAGGUCUAUAAACGUUACCAGAUGGUUAUUCACAAGGAUCCACCUGAUAAACCAACUGUGAGCCAGGUGAGGUUAGUACCUGUCUCCUUUGAGGACCCAGAGUUCAAGUCGUCCUUCAGCCAGUCAUUUUCUUUAUAUGUCAAGUAUCAAAUGGCCAUCCACCAGGAUCCGCCUGAUGAAUGUGGGAAGACUGAGUUCACAAGGUUCCUUUGCAGCUCACCUCUGGAGGCUGAGAAUCCCCCUCAUGGACCAGAUUGUGGUUAUGGCUCCUUUCACCAGCAGUAUUGGCUUGAUGGAAGAAUCAUUGCUGUGGGGGUGAUUGACAUCCUUCCAUCUUGUGUCUCGUCUGUAUAUUUGUACUACGAUCCUGAUUAUUCAUUCCUGUCUUUGGGUGUCUACUCUGCAUUACGAGAAAUUGGUUUUACUAGGCAACUUCAUCAGAAAACAUCUCAACUCAGCUAUUAUUAUAUGGGUUUCUACAUUCAUUCAUGUCCCAAGAUGAAAUAUAAGCAAAUGAGAACCCUCAGUUAUGAAGGAACAGCACAACUGCCUGUAAAAGUGGGAAUUCUCAAUCAGAAAUGUGCUGUUCAAAAUUGUAAGGUAGAUGUUGGUUCAAGCAUGAAUAUUUCUCAUUGCAAUUUGAAGGUCCAGAACUAGACACCAACAAAAAAGGUAACUCACGGAAAAUGAAUUGCACACUAUUGUAAAAUCUCUCAUUUUCAAGAUUCAGUGAGAGUAAAUUUAGCAUAUAACUACAGUAAUAGUUAAAAGUGUAUCUUCUUUCUUGGAGCAUAACUAAGUGUUUAGAGCAUUAGUAAUGGAGUAUUUUUGCCACACUGUAAAAUGUACGUGGAAAAAUCUGUAUAUUUCUAUCUGGUAUUAAAAAAGGAAUGUAUCUUAAAACAGGAAUAUUAAUAUUGAGAAGCAGCAGUGUCUUAGUUCCUGGUACACUCCAGACACUGAGAAUACAGCUGUAAACAGUGCAGAUGUGGGCUCUGCCCUAAUGGAGGUCACAGCUGAGGGGACAUGAAGAUAAUAAUCGCCCAGUGACACCCAGUGAUACGUAACUGUACCUGAAACUAGAACAAUGUUUCAUUUGGAUUUUCUUGUGUAGAUUUAGACAUGUUAAGUUACAGCCUUCACCAUAUAAUACACUUAUAUGAAGUAGGGCAAACGAAAGUAUUUAACAGCAGGUCUGAGAUACACAAAAGGGCUGGUUUUACCUGCUCUCUUUUUAUUGAGUAAUGAGUUUUAAUGAGGGUAUGCUGAAAUGACGAGUUUAUCUUUAUGUGUAGGGAGGACCAUGCAUGGUAGAUGGUUUCCAGGGUGUGUGUCCAUCAUCAGUUCUUCUCACCGUGUAUGUGCAUACUGCUGCAUCCAUCAGAAGUAGAUUCUGUUUCCCUUGCCCUGAUUCGACUGGCCUUCUGACUUGCACUAACUAACAGGAUACCAUGGGAAAGCACUCUCUGGGGCUUCAGGCCCAGGCCUUAAGAGGACUGGCAGCUUUCCCUUCCUCUGUCUUGGGAGCCAGCCAUCAUCAUGUAAAAGGGCCAACUCCUGCUGGCAAGAGACACCACCUGGGAGGCCUGAGACCAUCUUGGAUGUUUCAGCUCUAGCCCUGCUUGCUGAAUGAAUACGGCUGCCUGAGUGAGCCUAAGAGAUACCGUCAGAAGAACCACCUAACUGAGCCGUAGCCAACUCACAGAAUCAGGAGGAAUAAUAAAUUAUUGUGGUUUUCAGCCACUAAGAUUUGGAGUGGUUUGUUACUCAGCAACAGAUGACUAAAGCACAUGGUAUAGGAUGGAGAUGACUAGUUAGAGAUGUAGAUGUCCACGUAGAUAGAAAUCAUUCUCUGUGGAGCUGUUCAGACCCAGAAUUGACCCUUAAGUGAGCUGAACUGAUCUGAGAAGCUUCUGAUGGCUCAGUGUGAGAGAGUUUUGGCAAAGUCACUUAAUUUUCAUAUGCAGUCAUGCCUAGGGAUGUGCCCAGUUGGCUUAUGGAAAUUCAUCUUUGUAAGGCGUUUCAUUUAAUACCCUGACUUGAGCCUACAAGGCAUUUCUUAACAUGAUGAUGAAUUUUGAUUUUGGUUGUCUUGCUAAUGGUAAUGAUGAGCACUGCAAGAUGAAGAUGAAAAUCACCAUGUGGUCAUCCUCAUAGUUACAUAGAUGGCACUUGUUGCCAUAAAUCCUCCUCGAUGGUUUGCUAGUUUACAGCAGUUAUAUUUUUGUGCCUCCUAGUCCCUAAAACACAUUUUUAUUCUUUUGAUUUUGCUGGUGUGUGUGUAUGUGUAAAGGCUGAUUUACAUAAGCAUUCCUUAGUAAGAUGUGUUUUGUUUGUGCCUGUAGUCUUAGAUGUAAGGCACAGGAUAGUUAGAGAAGAUUUAAUGAGAGCUGGAAAAUCGUCAUUAAUGAAAGGAACGGGCUUGAUACGUUAUCAUUAUUCACAUUAACUUGUAAUAAUUGUGGCCAUGUUAAUGGGACUUGAUACAGUUUUAGCAUAUAUCAGUACCAGUUUGGGGGCUCAGGAGCUGGCUGACAUGAAUAGAAAUGGGUGCUAUGGCAAUUUUAUGUUUAAUUUUUUGAAGACCCACCCUACUGUUUUUUCCAUAGUGGCUCUGCACACAGAUUCUAAUUUCUCCACAUUCUCACCAACAUUUGUUAUUUUCUGGUUUUGUUUGACAGUAGAUAUCCCAAAGUGUGUGAGGUUGUCUGUAUCUCUUUUUAAAUUAAGGGAAACCUUACCAAGAAGUCUCCCAGCCCACAUCACUCAUUUUACUUGUCAGAGUUGUGCCUCUUGUCUGUGCCUGUGCCAGUCCCUGGCAAGGAGGAUGGGACCCUGUGCAACUCUGAUCAGUGAUGGGAGGGGUCACUUCCUAGAGCACAUGGCCUGCAGUGGACACCUGAGCAGGCUUUCCCCUCAUUCGGCCUAACCACCAGUAUUUCUUGGAAACUGAGCUGUUGCUUUGUGUUUAUUUAUUUUAUAUAUGCAUUAUAUAGUUUAUAUGUUAUAUAGUUUAUAGUAUGUAUACACACAGUAUUAUUAUAUAUACUUUUAAAAAUCAAGCUGUUGGUUUAAAUCUGUUUGGUUUGUUUUCUAAGUAUUUUUUAAAUGAAUUUUCCUGUGCUUCCGAAAUGUUUAGUAUUUACAUGUAAAGCUUGGUUCAUAUUCUCUAUUUUGACCCCUUUCCAUACAAUUCAAAACUGUUUGAUUUCCUUUGAAAGUAAAAAUUGGAGUAUAUAGAAAUGAUGUUAGGUAUAAUUUUUAAAAUUUCUUCUCCGUGUUGUCUCUCAGGGUGCUGCUGUGAGGCCAUUCUGUGAUCUGAAAGAGGUGUUUUGACUAAAUCCUUGUCCAGACUUGUAUGCAGGCCAAAGUAAACAGUGAUUUCAGGCAGUCUGCUUUGGUAGCAUGACAUGGCCAGACAUCAGAUAGUUGAAACAUCAGAAAGGGUUCGGAAAUGUCAGAAAAAAAACAAAAAGCUAAUUCAUCUGUGAUUAAUCAUUCUUCAAGUCAGUGCCUCAGCUUGAUUGUGGCCAAACAACACCUCUGGAAUUCGGCAGGAGUUUGCCUAAAAGAAGGCAGUUGGCAUUACUGUUACAAAAGCACCUACAGGAAAAAAUUGGGGUUUAUAUACAAAGCUGCCUCUGCAAAAUCACAAGCUGUUGAAACCCCCAAGCUCCCACGCUUUUUGAAGUUUCCUGACCAGACACAUUAGCAAAUGUUAUUUUACUAUGGUAUUGCAGCCCCGGGUGAUGUGUUUGGGUACACAUAGUAGUGACUUUGCUACUUUGGUCGGAAAGAAAUACAAGUGAUCUCAUCGGUUACCCACAGCACAGAACACAACUCUGGAGUUUGUGAUUCAGAAUCUAUUGCUCUGGAUGUUAAAUGUCCGAUGAAUUAGACAGAGUCAGUAGAAAAAAUGACCACAGAAUAAUUUUAGUAAGGGAUUUUUGAUGCCUCCUACAGGCAGUGGGAGGUAAGAGAAUUCACAUGCUCAUCACAAAUUCUUGUUUCUAAAAUUGUCACAUGUGGAAAUUUGCCCCAUCAGAGUCAAAAGGCAAUUCCUUAAGGGCCAUGUGUUUUAAGCUUCUCAUUACAAGUGAGAAAAUUGAAGCUCAAGAUGCUUAACUUGCCCAGAGUUUGAAGCAACUCACAUUUUUAAAAAGAUUUUAUUUAUCUUUUUAAAUAAACUCUACACGCAUCGUGGGGCUUGGACUUACUACCCCGAGACCAAGAGUCACACGCUCUACCGACUGAGCCAGCCAGGCGCUCCUCACUUAACAUAAGGGAGAAUUUGGAAUUGAAAUUCAUAUAAAUGGCUUUGUUUCUUAGAUUUAUGAUGAGCUGCAUAUAACUUUUAAUUUUGGAGAAUUCUAAAAUACUUGGCAUAUUAAAGGUAAAUGUUGACCGGGGACUAAAAGUGUAUUUAAUCAUGUGCCUUUUCCCAUCCUUUUCCUCAUCUGUCUGCCCACAGUGAAGUAGGAAGCCUGGCAUAGUGCAUGAUUCCUAACCUUUGAAAAACAGCAGUCAUCUUUGGUGCUUUUGGAAAAUACUACUACCCGAGCUGUGCCCUGACCUACUGAAAAAGCAAGUUUGCUUUCCUCCUUCACCCAGCCCCCGUUCCCUGACUGUCAGGCACUACACUCCGUGCUCUCCAGCUUCCAUGCCUCCUCGCCUUGUCCAGUCUCCUGUCUCUGAAAAGGUCUUGCACUUAGCGCUGCGUGUGCCAGCUGGAGCUUCCUUCCAGACCAUUCGCUCUAUCUGCCCACUGCUGCCCCAAACAGCUCCACGCCCGUGUGCCGAGUGAAGCUGGAGGCAGCCUUUCUGAUCCUGUGAGCUCUUGGCACUUCUAAGUGCGUUCUCUGUGGCUGUGUUUGUGCUCCAGUUGUUUGGAGGUAUAUAUGACUAGUCCGUGUUUACGGAGGGCCUCCUCAGUAUAAAACGUCCUGCUGGAUGCCGAGGCAAGAGGAAUAGGAUCAGACGUGGUUCCUGCUGGUCAGGUCCGUGAGCAAACCGUGGCUGACCUCUCGCUGUCCUCGGUGCUCAGCACAUUAAUUGGCACACAGAGGUGCUCAGUGAGCUUAUUGAUGUGCAGUGCCUGUGGAAGGCGGGCAUCUGUCUGAAUGAGGAAAGCUGGGAAGUGAAGGGAAGCAUGCAGGGAACUGGCUUCUUCACAGGUCUCUAAUUGGAACACCGGGCUUAGAAAAAAUGUAGUCAGGCCUGUCUCAGUAGUCCAGUUUAUAUUUUCCAAGAAUUGUCUCUGCUACCUAGCUGUAGUGUUUUGUUUUGUUUUGUUUUUGAAAAACUGGUUAUUGAAAUGUGUAUACAGAAAAGUGCACCAUUCUUAAUUGUACGGUUUGAUAAAUUUUCAGAAUGAUUCCAUCUACCUGUGCAACAAGUACCAAGAUCAAGAGACAGAAUAUUCCAGCCCCACACAAACCUCUUUCAUGCCCCAUUGGUUAUUAUCCAACCCCAAAGAUAACCACAAUAGACUCAUUUUGCCUGUUUUUAUACUUUACAAAAGUAUAUACUUUUAUACUUCACAUAAAUGGAAUCACUCAGUGUAUUUUAUUUUGUGACUGACUUGUUCCAUUCAACAAUAUAUUUGUGAGAUUUAUUCAUGUGGUGGGUGAACCAAUAGGUGGUUUAUUCUCAUCGCUUGUAUGCCCAUUCUCCUGGGGAUGAACUGUUUCUAGGUUUUGGCUAAUGUAGUGCAACUAUGAGCAUUGUUCACAUGUCUUUGGGUGAACAUAAUGUAUUUCUGAUGGGCAUAGACCUAGGUAUGGAAUUGCUAGAUCAUGGGUUUAGUUCCUACUGCCCAUAACUUAAGUGGAUGUACCUAUUUACAUUCUCACCUACACAUGGUGAGUUCCAGGUGCCUCCCAUCCUGAUAGUGUACUGUGGGGGGAGCAUUGUGGUUUUAAUUUACAUUUUUAUGUUGACUGACAAAGUUGAAUGCCUUGUCACAUGUUUGCUGGCUGUUUGUAAAGUGUCUGUUCAAAUUUUUUUGCCCAUUUAUCUGUUGGGUUGUCUGGCUCUUAUUUGUAGAAGUCUUCACAGCAUCCUGGGUAGGAAUCCUUUGUUGCAUACGUGUUUUACAGGUAACUUCCUCCACUCACUGCUGGUCUUUUUAUUCUCUUAAUGGUAUCUUGUGAUGAGGAGAAAUUCUUAAUUUUAAUGUAGUCUUUAGGGCUUUUGUGUCUUGUUUGAGAAAAUUUUGCCUACCCUAUGUCCAUGGAAAUGUUUUACUUCUGAGAUUUUUAUAGUUUACCUUUCACACUUCAGUAAUUGAUCUGAAAUUUUUGGUGUAUGGUUGUGCUAAGGGUCAAGACUGAAUUUUUUCCCAGAUGGAUAAUUACUUUUAGUUUCUUAAGAGCACUGCCUGCACAUAACCAGUUUAAUAAUAUCUCAAUUAAAUGAUCUCUGUUGUUAUAUUUGUAUUGUCAUAAAAUGUCUCUGCUUUCCCUUUUUCAGACUUAGCCUUGAUUCCAUUAAAUUAGAAAUAGCUCAUUUAACUUGGGCGCCUGGGUGGCUCAGUCGGUUAAGCGACUGCCUUCGGCUCAAGUCAUGAUCCUGGAGUCCCGGGAUCGAGUCCCGCAUCGGGCUCCCUGCUCAGCGGGGAGUCUGCUUCUCCCUCUGACCCUCCUCCCUCUCGUGCUCUCUGUCUCUCAUUCUCUCUCGCAAAUAAAUAAAUAAAAUCUAAAAAAAAAAAAAAAAAAAAAGUCCAACUUGAAUUUAAAAAAAAAGAAAAGAAAAGAAAUAGCUCAUUUAACUUUAGGUUUCUCCCUAUAGAAUGAUACUGGCCAGCCUGUUCUUGAUUUCAGUACUGAAGGGUGUGCAAGUAAGUCACUUGCUCUUGGACAUUUCUUCCAAAUAGCUUAAAAAAUAAAAGGUGCUGCAGAGAUGCAGAGAACCCCUUCACUGAAACAGGAUGAUAUGUUUUGUGAAAAUUCAGUUACAGGAAUUAUUAAAACAUUAAAAUGAUUAAAAGCUCUUUGUGUACUAAUACUUGUAAUAUCAAACAUUUACCAUUUGUCACAUCCCAUUUGUCAUUUGCCUUAUAGCAUUGUUUAUUGUAUGUACAUUUACUGAAUUAUAUGGAAGUUAAAAUUUUUUAUGUUACCCAAUUUAUUAAUCCUUUUCCUCUGUGGCUCCUGGCUUCUAUAACAUGCUUUUAAAAGACUUUCUUGGGGUGCCCAGGUGGCUCAGUCGCUUGAGCAUCCAACUCUUUUUUUUUUUUAAUAAGUUCUUUUUUUUUUUUUUAAGAUUUUUAUUUAUUUAUUGAGAGAGAUAGUGAUAGAGAGAGAGCAUGAGAGGGGGAGAGUCAGAGGGAGAGGCAGACUCCCCGCUGAGCAGGGAGCCUGAUGCGGGACUCGAUCCCGGGACUCCAGGAUCAUGACCUGAGCCGAAGGCAACUGAGCCACCCAGGCGCCCCGAGCAUCCAACUCUUGAUUUGGCUCAGGCGCUCUCUCUCUCAAAUAAAUAAGUAAAUCUUAAAAAAAAUAAAAGACCCUCUCUAUGCCAACACAUUAAAACAGUGAUAUCCUCCCUUUGCUCCUCUUCACCUUGCAAAAUUCAGCUCCUGUUUGCUCCCACUCUGAAACCUUGCCUGACUGCAUUGUAUUAUAAAUAUAUGUUUUCCCAUCUGUUUGUUUCUUUAGACUCUAAGCUUCUCAAGAGGUAGAGCUUGAGUUCAUUUAUCAUUUAAUUUUAGCAGCAAUCCCUGAUUUAUAGUAAAUGUUCUAUAAUUCUUUGGAUGAACGGAUGGAUGGUAAUAUGGGAAUAAUGACUAACUUGAUUAUUGGUUAGAGGGAAAGUACAUAUCUGUAAGUGGUAUGUUUGGUAUUUCUACAGGAUAGGUCUUUUUAUGAUUUCAACAAUAUUAAUUAAAGGUACGCUUAUUAAAAGAUUGUUUUAAGGUAAUGAGAAAGUUAUGUUUGAAUUGUCAGAUAAACAGUGAAAAUACUCUUGUGUUACAUAUUUCUACAAAUUGAGAAAGCAUUGCCAAUAAUUUAUUACAUUUUUAAUUCUGAAAUGAUAGCCCUGUAUACUAAUAUACAUGCUUUGUAUUUGAAUUAAAAGGUUUGUUUUUAAACAGAUGGAUUUAGAAAUGCAUCUAAUUGAAAAAAGUUCAUUAUAUGUAAAGCCCUUGAAAUAACAAUAGAGUAUAGUCUUUUCUAGUCUUGAUAAUUGUGUUAUGUAAAUUUACAGUCUAAACACUAUUUAUAACUAACAUGGAUUUGUUUCAUGAUCUGACAUUAGCUGUAGUGGGACAAUGAGGGGCUUCCCACUCUGAGUUCCUGUUCCCACUUGCCCUUAAACAGUGGUUCUCUGUCGAGCAAUUUUGCCCCGACCCCUGCCCCAUAUCUAGGGACCCUUUUGAUUGUCCCAGUGGGACAGUGUGGGGAGGGCUGUGUGUGCUAUUGGCAUCUGGUGGGUAGAGGCCCAGGAUGCUGCUAAGCAUUCUGCAGUACACACAAGAACCUCUAGCACCAAAGAAUUCUCUGGCCCAAAAUGUCAGUAGUGCCAAGGUUUGGAAACCCUGUUUAAAGGGUUACCUACUUGCCAUCGAAGUCUGUAGGGCUUUACAGUUGCUGAGUUACCAUGGGUAAUUUGA